CCUCUCUCGUGACUUGUGAAUUUUUGACCUGACCUCAAGUCCUCAUUCAACUUCAUUGUAAAGAAAGGAAAGGUUGCUGGAUGAAACCGUCGAAAUAUGUUGUACUAUAGACAUAUUUUGCCGGCUUUGAGGUCCCCCUUAACUUUUAGAAAUUGCCGGUUGUUGUCGUCGGUUUUCACUUCUCCACAGUUACAAUCACUCGGGGAAGGCGUUAAGCAGUUUGUAAAGGAUAAUGUGGAACUGUGUCAACCAGACAGUAUUCAUGUUUGUGACGGCUCGAGAGAUGAAAAUCAGAAACUUUUACACAAGCUUCAGAAAGAAGGAAGACUAACAAAAGUGACGAAAUAUGACAACUGUUAUUUAGCGAGAACAACAGUUGAGGAUGUUGCUCGAGUUGAAGGCCAAACGUAUAUAUGUUCUGAGAGAAAAGAAGACACUGUGCCUACCCCAAAGGAAGGUGUUGCACCAAUACUUGGAAACUGGAGAUCACCACAAAUAAUGGAUAAGGAGUUGACAGAGAAAUUCACAGGCUGUAUGAAAGGUCGUACUAUGUAUGUAAUACCAUUUAGUAUGGGACCUGUGGGCUCUCCACUUUCUAAAUAUGGUAUUCAACUCACCGACUCAGAGUAUGUUGUUGCUAGCAUGAGAAUAAUGACAAGAAUGGGUGGACCAGUACUUGAUAAGAUUGGUGAUAAUGGACAAUUUGUAAAAUGUCUGCACUCAGUUGGUUAUCCUUUGCAGCCAGGAGAUAAGGAUCCUGUAUGGCCUUGUAAUCCAGCAAAAAUUGCUGUAGCUCAUUUUCCAGAGAGAAGUGAAAUUAAAUCGUUUGGAAGUGGAUAUGGUGGUAAUUCACUGCUUGGAAAGAAGUGUUUCGCUCUUAGGAUAGCUUCCAUACUUGCAAGAAAUGAAGGCUGGUUGGCAGAACACAUGCUGAUUUUAGGUAUUACUAAUCCAGAAGGUCGAAAGAGAUAUAUUGCUGCUGCUUUCCCCUCACAGUGUGGUAAAACAAACCUGGCUAUGAUCACACCUACACUCCCAGGCUGGAAGGCUGAAUGCGUCGGUGAUGAUAUUGCAUGGAUGAAGUUUGGAGAUGAUGGAACAUUAAGAGCUAUUAAUCCAGAAGCAGGUUUUUUUGGAGUCGCUCCAGGUACUAAUCAAAGUUCAAAUCCAAAUGCGAUGGCAUCAAUUUUGAAAGACACUAUAUUUACUAAUGUUGCAAGUACAAGUGACGGAGGCGUUUUCUGGGAAGGGCUAGAGAAAGAAAUCUCUGAAGAUGUUUCUAUAACACAAUGGCGAGGGUUACAGCAAUGGGAAAAGCUUACGAAGAAAGAGAAGAGUGUAAUCCCUGCCUCACAUCCAAAUGCUCGUUUCUGUUGCCCAGCUUCAAAUUGUCCAAUAAUUGAUGAAAAUUGGGAAGACCCUAAUGGAGUACCAAUAGAUGCCAUCUUGUUUGGUGGACGGAGACCUAAAACCAUCCCAUUAGUAUACGAAGCUAGGAACUGGGAACAUGGCGUAUUUAUUGGAGCUAGCAUGAGAUCUGAAGCUACUUCGGCUGCUGAAAAUAUGGGAAAGAAAAUACUUCAUGACCCAUUUGCAAUGCGUCCAUUCUUUGGUUAUAGUUUCUCACAGUAUAUGGAUCACUGGUUAAGUCUACAGGAAAGGAAGAAUGUUACGUUACCGAAAAUAUUCCAUGUAAAUUGGUUUCGAAGAGAUGCUGAAGGUGCGUUCCUUUGGCCUGGUUUUGGUGAGAAUAGCCGGGUAUUGGAAUGGAUAUUCCGACGCUGCGACGGGGAAGACAUCGCACAAGAUUCUGUUCUUGGUCUGAUUCCUAAGCCAAACACAAUGAAUCUGAAGGAUCUUGUAGUGAGCCAAAAGAAGAUGGAAGAAUUGUUUCAUACUCCUAAAAAUGAACUUGAAGAAGAAGUGAGGGAUAUUGAAAAGUUUUUUGAUGAACAGCUACCUGAACAAGUUCCUUUACCAGUCAUGCAGCAGCUUCAGGCCCUCAAGUCAAAAAUAGCUCAAUCAAAUUAGUGAGAGAGGAAUUAUAGUUAUUAUUUUUAUCUGAACUUAUCUAUCUCUCUAGCAAUUAUAAUAAUUAUCCUCAGAAUUAUUUUAAAUUAUUUCUUUGCCUUGUUCAUUAUAAUUGUUUAUUUAUUUCUUGUUAGAAAAUUACUAUUUUGCCGUUAAUAUUAGAAGUUGGAAUAGUUUAACUCA